ACGAGCUCCCUCGGACUGCUGGAGAUAUCUGCGAGGAGGAGGAGCUGUCAAAGUUUCCUGGAGGAGGAAAAGUCUUUCACUUGACGAGAGUUCAAACCUACAGAUCUCUGAGUUUUGAUAAAGCGGAAUAUCGCGUGUGUUUGGCAUGGACUGACACCUUCUCACCGGGAGCUCCAAAAACACGAUGGCAACCCGUUUAGUGAAGUGGAUCAGUCUCACCUCUCUGCUGUGCCUGGGCUGCUCUGUCCUGGCGGAAGGGAAAGUAUGCCAAGGCAUCGCCAACCGUUUAAACCUUCUGGGUUCCAGAGAGGAUCACUACCUGAACAUGGUGAAGACCUACAGCAACUGCACUGUGGUCCUGGAGAACCUGGAGGUCACCUACAUGGAGGAGCACCACGACCUGUCCUUCCUCUCGUCUAUUGAAGAAGUGGGCGGCUAUGUGCUGAUCGCCCUCAACACAGCCUCCAGGAUUCCUCUGCAGAAUCUGCGCAUCAUUCGAGGUCAUAAGCUCUAUGAGGGACUGUAUGGCCUCGCUGUGCUUACCAAUUAUAACAAACAUACAGGUCAGGACACCGAUGAGCUUCUUCUGACCAGCCUGACAGAAAUUCUUAAAGGAGGUGUAAAGUUUGGGACCAACCAGCCAUGCAAUGUGGAAACAAUACAGUGGUAUGACAUUGUCAACGCUGAAAGCAAACCCAAAAUGGUGCUUCCAUUACCCAACAGUCCUCGACGUUGUAAAAAAUGUGACCCAAGCUGCUUCAAUGGUUCAUGCUGGGCACCUGGUCCUGAAAACUGCCAGAUCUUAACAAAGCUGAACUGUGCACAGCAGUGCUCAAAGAGAUGCAAAGGGCCUUCACCCAGUGACUGUUGUAAUGAGCACUGUGCUGCGGGCUGCACAGGACCGCGGCCCACUGACUGUCUGGCCUGUCGGGACUUCCAGGACGACGGGGUGUGUAAGGACUCCUGCCCCGGCCUCAUGCGCUAUGACCCCAACCUGCACCAGCUGGUUCCUAACCCACAUGGAAAGUACAACUUCGGGGCCACGUGUGUGAAGAGCUGCCCACAUAACUAUGUUGUUACUGAUCACGGAGCGUGUGUGCGGACGUGCAGUGGGAACACAUACGAGGUGGACGAGGGAGGAGUCAGGAAGUGCGCCAAGUGUGACGGACUGUGUCCAAAAGUGUGUGAUGGACUUGGAUCAGGAAACCUGACUCACACUCUGUCUGUCAAUGCCACCAACAUUGACUCUUUCAAAAACUGCACGAAAAUCAAUGGGAACAUUGCUAUCAUCCGCACAUCGAUUCAUGGGGAUCCGUAUACCAAAACACCAAAGAUGGAGCCUGCCCAGCUUGAGGUGUUUAAGACAGUUAAGGAAAUUACUGGAUACUUGUUGAUUCAGAUGUGGCCAGAGAGCCUGAGCUCACUCAGUCCUUUCGAGAAUCUGGAGAUCGUUCGAGGACGAACUAAACGUGGUAGCCGCAGUUUGAUGAUGGCUCAGCUCGGCAUCAGCUACUUGGGCCUCCGCUCCCUGAGAGAAAUCAGCGAUGGAGAUGUGGUCAUCAUGAAGAACCGGAACCUGUGCUACACUGACAAAAGCCACUGGAAGGGCCUCUUCAAAUCAGAAAGCCAGAGUGCUACCAUAGAGGAAAAUGCUAAUGCUGCCACAUGUGCCCUGAGGAACAACACUUGUGACAGGAAGUGUUCCACGGACAGCUGCUGGGGCCCUGGCCCGGACAUGUGUUUCGCCUGCCGUGACUACAGCCGUGAUGGGAGCUGUGUUGACUCCUGCAACAUCCUGGAGGGGGAGCUGCGGGAGACUGUCGUGAAUAAAACCUGCGUGGAGUGUCACCCCGAGUGUCAACGCAUGAAUGGGACCGCAACCUGCAGUGCGCCUGGUCCUGGAAAAUGUACUAAGUGUGCCAACUUCCAAGACGGCCUGUUCUGUGUGUCCCGGUGUCCUCAAGGCGUGCCAGGCGAGGACGACACGCUGGUGUGGAAAUACGCAGAUACGAUGAAAGUGUGCAAGCCCUGCCACAAAAACUGCACUCAAGGGUAA